GUCGAGAAUUACAGAUCGAGAGGAAGUACCACACUACAUAACAGAAUAUGUGACUGAUGCGAUGUGAGAGGGACUGUGAAAGAACAAGGAAGACUUCAGCAAAGGUAGUAGAAGACUGCAUUUACUGAGUGCUUUAACUUCGUUUAGUUUAUGUGCCAACGUUUUAUGCAUUUGUUUUAAUCAAUUUCUAUUAUUUUAAAGCUUUUAUUUGCUUAUCAGAAACUUAAACUUGAUUAUAUAUUGUGGAGACUAAUAACGUUAUGUUGAAUUUACUUUAAGAAAUUCCUUUUUUUUUUUAUCCAAUAAAUAGAUGUGUCUCUGCCAGGACAUUGUGAGUUGACUUUUACUUAGAAAGCCUUUCCCCAAUCCACUACUUGGGUUAAAUAACUCAGAGAAUGGCCCGUAAUAACCAGCACUGUAGCAGAAAAGCUCUUGUUAUGUUUCAAUAUCACCCUCUGUUAUACACAAAUGCAUUCACCAUGGUUUACUAUGCUGCGGUGAUAAAACCCUCAGAUGGGUGAUUGAUUUCCCUGCGUUCGAUUUAUUAUUCUUAUUGAUUUAAAGUUGAAUCUAUGAAAUCAGAUAUGAAGUCAGAUAUGAAAUCAGAGCUGCACUGAACCUGGUGUUAUUACUCCAUUUAUGGACAACCACUAUUGUUGACCAGGUGUGUAAGAGAGAGCCUGUGUGUACAUGAUGCAGAAUGGUACCCAUGAUCAGUGUUGGUAUUUUUGUUGUUGUUGUUGUUGUCAUUAACAGAUUAUCCAGAGCAAUUAGGGUUAAGUGCCUUGCUCAAUGGCACAUCCACAGAUUUUUUAUCUAGUCGGCUCGGGGAUUCGAACCAGCAACUGGCCCAACGCUCUUAACCACUAGGCUACCUGCUGCCCUAUAGGAAAGUAAAAUGCUCUAUUUGUGCCAAUGCUGCUGACUCCUACCAUUAUGGUCUAAUCACGAGAUAAAGUUAGACUACACAGCAACAAAUUAAUACAUAUUCCUUCAUUAAUUUUCUCCGUUGCAUCAGUUGCGGAAGCACCCGGUAACCAGCUCAAACCAGACUUAUACAGUAGUUUUAGUGUGGCAAUUUCUGUUCUAUUUCAAUGGACUGACUCAUAAAAAAAAUGUUUUACUCAUGACUCCACUUACAAAAGCUAUUGGUUGCAAAAUUUCAAAAAUGUCAUUCCUUCUCUAGGUCAAAUGGAGCAGGCCUUUCUUUUGGUUUUACACGUAGUCUUAUGGCCAGCUCUUGCAGGUAUGUUAUUGAUUUUUGAAAGAACAUUCACGAUAAUACAAUAGACUCAAAGCCACAUUCAUAUUUUUUAUCCAUUGUUUAGAGCACACUUUAGCCUGGUUAUUUAAACUUCUGACUGACUGUAAUUACAAUUUGGAUAUCUGAUUUUAAUACGGAUGAUAUUGCCAAUGUUGCUAAUGUAUCUCUGAUCUCUCUCCUCUUACUCCCCUCUCUCUCUCUCUCUCUCUCUCUCUCUCUACACAGCCAUGUUCACAGUGGAGGUGGACAGUCUCUCACAUGUGGCAGAGUUCCACGGUGAUGUCACCAUGGGCUGCAGGUUCCGACCUGGGGGCCGGGACCCGAACCUGUCAGUGAUAUGGCAACGGGUCUGGCCUCUUCCAGUUGUAGACGUGUACAAGCUGGAGAACGGACGGGAGGACCUUACUUCUCAGGAUCUCCAGUACCACGGCAGGGCAUGGUUGGUGUCGGAGGAGCUGACCAACGGCUGGGCCAAGCUACAUGUGUCCAGGCUGAGGAUCAACGACUCUGGGAUUUACCAAUGUCUUGUGGAAAUGGGGGGAGCUGACUACAAACAGACCACUUUGACUGUCAGAGGUGAGUUAAAGCUCUGUCAUUGCAUUACUGUAGUUGUUAUAAACAGUCAAUCAAUAUUAGGUAAUGAACUUGUCAGAAAAAAUGUGGUAACAUUUUACUUUAAGUUUCUCUUAUACGACACUGUAAUUACACUGUAUUAACAUGUUGUUACAUAUGUACUUUAACCACAUUAUAAUUACUGCAUUGUAUGCACUCACUAACUGUAAGUUGCUCUGGAUAAGAGCGUCUGCUAAAUGACUAAAAUGUAAAUGUAAUAGAGUUUAAAGUUUUUACUUUCAUGUGUCCUUUAGCUACCUAUAAGAGUAUCAUUAAAAGCAUGAAGAGACGUGGGGGAGAUGAGGUGGAGCUGGCCUGUGAGUCUGAGGGCUAUCCUCUUGCCACUAUCAACUGGAGAGACAGGAGUCUCAGGAACAUCAAAUCCAACGACAUUGCUGUUGAAACUCCAGACCAGCUUUUCCAUGUCACCAGCAAGAUAACGGUCAAAUACUCUGAGAAAAACAACUAUACAUGUGCCUUUGUGGAGAAAGGUGAAGUUCCAAAGGGUCCAUCAGCCAGGUUUGACAUCCCAGGUAUGAAGUGGGUGAAUUUCCCUGUUUGUUUACACCAUUUGAAGGGCAUCUACAUAAGGGCUUCAUAACACAUUCAUAACUCAUACAUAACACAUUUAUAAGAAAUACUGAUACCCUACAAAUGAGACUGUGUGACAUUAUAACACAAGGUCUAUUUAAUCUCUGAAUGGAAAGUGUGGGUUGGAGUGCGUAGAUGUGUUGUUGAUAAAAGGUGCUUUAAAACGGGUGCUUUCCUCAAUGAGCAUGGUGCUAAAGCGUAGGUGCCGGGGUGAUGUUUUCCCUUCCAUUCAAUGAAUCACAUUGUAGGAGUCAUAAUUCAAUGUGGAAAAAACAUGUAGGAGUCAUAAUUCAAUGUGAAAAAAACAUGGCCUUUGAACAUGGCCCACUCCUGAGUGGCGCAGUGGUCUAAGGCACUGCAUCGCAGUGCUAACUGUGCCACUAGAGAUCCUGGUUCGAAUCCAGGCUCUGUCGCAGCCGGCCGCGACCGGGAGACUCAUGGGCGGCGCACAAUUGGCCCAGCGUCGUCCAGGGUAGGGGAGGGAUGUAGCUCAGUUGAUAGAGCAUGGCGUUUGCAACGCCAGGGUUGUGGGUUCGAUUCCCAUGGGGGGCCAGUAUAAAAAAAAUAUUUAAAAAAUAAAAGGUAUUCACUAACUGUAAGUCGCUCUGGAUAAGAGCGUCUGCUAAAUGACUAAAAUGUAAAUGUAAAAUGUAAGAUGGCUACAAGAUAGUGCAUAAGUCUUUACAUGAAGAUCAAAUGUUUGUCAGAACUUCUACCAAUCACUGUUGCUUGGUGGUGGUGGUGUUUUUAGCUUUACGACUUUGAGGAAAUUCUCUUCACACCCUUUUAUCUGGUGGAAUAUUGUUUUCUUUCCUAAAUGUUUUUUAAGUUUUGAAAUGUUAACUAAGAACAUAGGCAGUAUUAUAUACAGUUUAUGAUGCAAAAUAAAAUGGUUUCACUCUCCCUAUCUUUUUUACUCACAGAUGAAAUACCUGUGAUUGAGAGUAAACCUAACACCCUUUCAAUUGCAUUGGGCACAACAUUGAUGGUGGCUAUGAUCAUUGCAGUUACCAUCUUCGUGUAUCGCAGACAUAAAGGUAACACACACUUAACUGUUCUUCAGUUCUUAAUUGAUUUUCACAAAUGUUUAGUUUCCACUGUUUCAUGUUGCCGGUGAUAGACAGCCUAGAGAGGAAGUAUGUACUUUAUCCUCUAAAGGUGUAGCUGAUGUUGAAGCCAGAAUGAUCUCAUACAAAGUUAGUAUGAGACAGGAUUUUAUUUGGGGAAUCUCAUGACAAUGACUCAGCAUGUGAGCAUGAGUGUGCAUGUGAGCAUGAGUGUGCGCUUUCUAAACUGCCACGUGUGGAAACACCCCCACAGACACCAAGUUUGUUUUUGUGUCAGGGGGAUUUCACAUGUUGUAAAUCAUAAUAAUAAAUUACAUUGGUAAAGCACUUUUCAUUAAACAGGAAUAAUCUCAAAGUGCAUAAAAUAAAGUAAAAAAAUAAAACAUGUUUAUAAAACUAAACAAAUAUAUCUAACCAUAUCAUGAAAGCAACAAUCAAAGUCUAGGAGUAAUGGCAGCCAGCCGAUAGAGUUGAGUCUUAAGGCCUGCUUUAAAAGUCCCGACAGUCUGUUAUAGACCUAGUCAUUUCUUAUUUUUAGAAAAGUCCCCGCAUCACAGGAGGUUGGUGGUACCUUUAUUGUGGAGGACGGGCUUGUGGUAAGGAACAAUAAAAACGGGAUCCUUGGGACGUCCCAACUCUGACGUCACCACAUUUAAGUUUACAUUUUAAAUGGUUAAGGUAAGGGUUAAGGCAGGGUUACCCAACCCUCUCCUUGGGCCCCCCCAGACUUUUCACAUUUUUGUUUUAACCCUAAACUGACACACCUGAUUAAAUUAGGAUCCCAGAUAACACUAAUCCUCGUUGUAAUGGCUGGAAUGGAAGAGUAUGGUAUCAAAUACAUGGUUACUAUUAUUAUGAGCCAUCCUUUCCCUCAGCAGCCUCCUAUGGUUUAUACUUACAGUAUUACUGCAAUAGCAUUUUGAGAAGUCAGUGUGUUAAAAACAAAAGUGCUAGAAAAAGGAAAGUCCCAAAAUACCUUUGACAGUAAGUGUUAGACAGUUUCAAAUGAUGUUACUAUUUUCUAACAAUAACAUUAAUAGGUUCAGCAGAACAUCUCAUGGAACAUUCUGACUGUAAACUGUAACCUGCUUUUAUGUUCUGUUCACAGGGAGGCCCAGGGUUUCCAGGACCCCCCAAGUACUAACACCCUCCUGGGCUCAGCAGAGACGUGUCCUCUGACCUGGACCCCUUUCGGCAGCGCCAACUGGUCC